AUGAAUACCCUCUUAUAAUUCCCUAAAAACAAAAAAAUAAUAUUUUUAAUACUUAUUUGGGCUAUUUUUAAUUUUUCUUAUUUAUUUUUAAAAAUUUUAUCAAUUUCAUAUUUAAAAUUUAGCAUAUAAAUAUUAAAGAUAUUUAUUUAAAUUUUGCAUAUAGUUAUAUCUUAAAUCAAAAUAAAAAAAAUAUUAAUUAUUUGGUUGGAUAUUCUAUUUUUUUAAAGUAACAACUUGUCAAUUGCAAUUUUUCUUAGUUAUUUUCAAAUUUUUAUUCGCAAAAUCAUAAAAGUAUAUUUUUUAAUUUAAAGUUAGAUAUAUAUAUUUUAAAAAUAUUUAGACAUUAAAAAAUUGGCAUAAAAAAUAGAAAUGAGCGGCUAUAACAACUACAAUUUUCCAAAUCAAAGACCUAUGGAUAACUAUUAGCUAUAAUUUAAUAAAGAAAUAAGCACUAAACUUAAGGCCAAGGGAGAUUGCAUAGCAUAAGCAUUUUUUAUUGGGUAAAUAGUAGGUGGUAUUAAUUUUUCUAGUGAUGAAGGAUUGUUUUGCGAAUUAGUGCUAGAUGUAGGCCCAUAGUGGAAUAUGAUUAGAGGUGCUUAAUAAAGAAAUGAAAAUUCAUAAAACGAUUUUAAAAGUAUAUAAACAUAAACUGCAUAUGCAGAAGAAAAUUAAAUGUUUAUAUGGAGUCACCCUUUAGAUUUAGAAUUUAAAGUAGGCAGUAUUAAUGGAUGGCCCAAAGGUAUUCUAAAGAUUUGGAGACUUGAUGAUACAAAUAAAAUAGAUAUCAUCUCUUACGGUGUUGUAAAUUUCCCAAGGCAAGAUGGUUUUCAUAGAUUAGAAGUUGAUACUUGGUCUCCUAUUGGUGAUUGGUCUUAUUAAAAUUUCUAAUUCUAUUUAGGAACUUAGCCAAGACUUGCAAAUUUAGAUUUAACAAAAUACAGUGAUAAGCGCCAUGAAAUGCUAGGAGUUUCAAAUGGAAAAGUUAUAUUCGAAUUAGAAGUUAUGCUAAGAAACUUCUAAGUUGUGGAUGUUACAGGCUAAGAAAACUCUUUAAAAAAUCCAAAUUUUUGA